AUGAAUCUCAAUCUCUCGGGAACCGUCAACGUGUUCAAAUUGCUAUUCAAACCAUCACUAUGUCUUCCGCAUCACACCGUAGCAACCUUCAAUGACCUUCCUGUUCCUUUCGAGAAAGCCUUUGAGGGACAAAAUCGGAAGUGCGAUAUUAGAGCAGUCGUUCUCGACAAAGACGACUGCUUUGCUGUUCCCCACACAAAUGAAGUUCAUAAACCGUACAAAGAGCGCUUCGAGCAGUUAAAGGCCGCAUACCCCGGCCGUCGCCUCGUCAUCGUGUCCAACACCGCCGGAGCAACUUCAUAUGACACUUCGCUCAAGCUGGCCAAGGAGCUUGAGGAGGCUACCGGCAUCACCGUUCUUCCACACAAGACGAAGAAGCCCGGCUGCGGCUCCGAGAUCAUGGACUACUUCCAAAGUCAUCCGGAGACAGGAGUCUCGCACCCAUCCCAGGUUGCGGUCGUCGGUGAUCGCUUGACAACGGACAUGAUGCUGGCCAACUUGAUGGGCGGCUGGGGCUUCUGGAUCAGAGAGGGCGUCGUGGCUCCAGAGAAUAAAAGCAUUUUCUCGAGGCUGGAGUGGCGUCUCGCCGCAGCACUUACAUCCAGAGGCUAUCAACCAGCCGAGCCGCAGAGUCCAUUUGAAUAG